CCACACACACCCCCAGUAGGAUUCACGCCGUGACUGGGCCACCAGCUCUGAUCGAGUGGACUCGGUUUAGAAACGUUUUGAUCUGCGAGCCGACGCAAUGGAGGAGGAGGAGGAGUCGUCGUGCUCCAGGUGGUUCAUCCUUCUCAUCGCUCUCACCUCGCCAGCAGCCACAGGUGGACUCGGCGUGCCCUCCCCUCCGGCGAACGUGAGCGUGGCCCUGCUGGGCCCCACCACGGCGCGGGUUUCAUGGCAGCUGCCCGACCCCGGCGCUGUCAUCGGCUUCACCGUGAAGCAGCAGAAGCGCCCGGGCGCUCGCCAGCGCUUCAUCACCGAGGUGAACACGACGGCACGCUCGUGCCUGCUGUGGGGCCUCGAGGCUGGCAGUGACUACGUGGUGGCCGUGCAGGCGCUGGGCCGCGGCGGGGCGGCCAGCGAGCCCAGCCCCGGCCUGCGCUUCAGCACCCCCCUCGCAGAGGAGGACGGCGAGCGCGACAACUCCUCGUCGCGCUCAUCCUCGUCGCGCUCGUCGUCGUCGUCGUCCGAGGUGGCGGUGGCGGUCACCUCGUCCCUGGCGUCGCACGGAGGAGAGGCUGGAUUGGGUGUCGGAGACAAAGCUCGCUACUUUGCGAGUGAGGGUGUGCUUACGAUCACGGUCUUCCUCCUCUGGAUUGCAGUGAUGGUCCUCUGCUUGCGCGAGUACCGCACCAUCAAGGACAGCUCCAUUCUUCACCACGGCGGCAUGGUGAAGCCUGCGCUGGGGGAGCGGGGGAGCGCCAUCCUCCGCAAGCCGGACACCCCCAUCGCUACGGCGCAGCCUCGGAGGAAUUCCCAUAGCCCCCGCGUUUCGAAUGUGUGACUCACAUCGAAAAUCGACCACUCAGCCGGGUGAACAGUGUUCAUGCGAAGAGGGGUUCAUAAUGGCCACGUCAGACACUUAGCACCACCAGCAGACCAACGAGCCACCAUCAAUGAUCAUCACCAUCAUUAUGGUCAUCAGCACUGCCACUAUUAGAAUGAGAACCACAACCAACACUAACGUAAUUUUCAUCAUCAUCAUCAUCAACAUCGCAACCAUCACGAUUCCCAUCAUCAUUCUCAUCGUCACAAUGAGGACCCCCAUCGGCAGGCUCAUCGUCGUCAUCAAAAGGAAAAAGUAGAGAUUUUUAGAACGCAAAAAAUAUAUAAACUCAUCCAUUCACGAUACUGCAUCAACUUUAUUACAUUUUUUCAAAUUACAUUUUUUAUCUAGAAUAAAGGUUUUAUAAACAUUUUUUUUUUGCACGGACGUAUUCCGGGAUGUGAAAUUUAUUGCUUGUUUUGAAAGUCAGUGCUAUGGACUUUGUGGUGUACCAUGAUCUUAAACAAUAGCGCUCACAUAUGGAAAUAUACAAAACAAAACAUCGAACAAUAAUAAAAAA